AUGAAUUCAAGGACCAUGCCUGGUGGUACAGCAACCACUGGAGAGCUAUGUUUCGAGCACGCUCCCUCCACACCAGGAAGGAUGGUGUCCCAGUCCACAGACCGGCAAGAUUGUCCUGUGGACCCCUGGGAAGGGAUCAGUGGUGCCUGUGAGGAUGCUGACAGUUCACCCCCGCUCCUGGACACUGACUACCCUCUUUGCCAGUUAGAUGUGAGGCUCCUGCGGCAUAAAGCCUGCUGGAUCAACCAGCCAUGUGUGGAGCAGCCGCUGCAAGACUUAUUCACCCAGAGAGCAACAGUGCAGAGCAGUGGGAAACACUUGGGGGUGGGCACUCCCUCUCCUGUGGGCCUUCCACUGUUGUCCCACCGGGACUCCCUAGCUGAGACAUCCCUGUCUGAGAAUACUGUCAAUGGCCCUGGGGGAAAGAAUGGUGACUUUUCCCUGCCUACAGAAGAGCAAGAGGUUCAUCCGCAGCACAAAUCUCUGCUCAGAAACCCUAAGACUGUGGCCACUUCCUCAUGCCCUAAGGAAGACAGUGCCCGUUUUGAGUCUCCUCCUUUGACAGCUUCUACAGAUGACGGUGCUGCUCGGAGCAGCAGAAGAAGCCAUUCUUGGAAUUUCUUCCCGCUGGAGACAUUUGUGCUGCCCACUGAUGUGGACAAGGAAAAUGUCCACUUCUAUGCGGCAGACAUGAUUAUCUCCGCAUUGGAGACUAUGAAAUGCCACCUCAUGAGUCAACAGCUGCCGGAGAUCUGGGGCACAGAGGAGGCCAGCGGGUCUCAUGGGGACAAUCAGACCGAGGCUGAAGUGGCCUUUUACACCCCUGCAAGGCCGGAGCCAGGGUCCUCCACUUCCUCAGACAGUGGCUAUGAAGGUUGUGCAGUGCUCCAGGUCAGCCCAGUGACUGAGACACUUUCUGCCUCUCCUGUGGUGAGAGAGGCCCGCAGACAUGACUCGGAUGAGUUCGUUAUGUUAGAACUUGGGGAAUGUAAUGACAUCACAGAAGGCGGCAGACGCCCCUGCAAUUCUUUAAAAAGUGCAACUUGUGAGUCAGACUUCAGUUCUGCUGGGCUGUUAGCCAGAGAGUUGUUCCGAGGGUUCUGGAAGUGCCAGGUGCUGUCGGAAGUCAAUUCUCGGCUGCCAGGCUCCCUGACAGCGGCCAGCUCAGGAGUGGAGAAUGAAGAGCGUACUGGGCAAGACUUGGACUCCAGUGUGGACACAACACAGGAACUCAUGCCUAAGUCUAGGGUCCCAGGGGCUGAAGACUGGGUCCCCCCUCGAUUUCAAAUCAUACUUACUGUUCACACACCAGUCAAGAGGGACAUAGCGGUGGUGGCCCAGAAUUUCUUCUGUGCCGGAUGCGGGACUCCGAUACAGCCCAAGUUUGUGAAGAGGCUCCGGUACUGUGAGUAUCUGGGCAAGUACUUCUGUGACAGCUGCCACUCAUCUGCAGAGUCCUGGAUCCCUGCGAGGAUCCUGACCAUGUGGGACUUCAGGAAGUACCCAGUCAGCAAUUUCUCGAAAUGGCUACUGGACGGCAUAUGGCACCAGCCUGUCUUCAACCUGCAAGGCGGGCACCACAGCCUCUACACAAAAGCCAAGGAACUGGAUAGGGUGAAGGACAUCCGGGAGCAACUGUUUCAUGUCAAGAAGCUGUUGAGGACUUGCAGGUUCGCUGACAGUGUGCUGAAGGAGUUUGAGCAGGUUCCCAGUCAUCUGACUGAUGAGUGCCAUCUGUUCUCCAUGGAGGACCUCCUCAGGACCAAGAAAGGACUGCUGGCACCCUUGCUUAAGGACAUCCUGAAGUCUUCUCUUGCCCACGUGGCCAGCUGUGAGCUGUGCCAGGGGAAGGGCUUCAUCUGUGAGUUUUGUCAGAGUACGACCGUCAUCUUCCCGUUCCAGACCAUGACUUGCAUAAGAUGCCCAGGGUGCAGGGCUUGCUUUCACAAACAGUGUUUCCAGUCUUCGAGAUGCCCCCGCUGUGCCAGGAUCACGGCUCGGAGACAGCAUCUGGAGAGCUUGUCCUCUGUGGCGGGCACAUGACGGCCCUGAAGUGUUUGUUCAAAGCGAUUUAUGACCAUACCAAAUUGUGUCUGUUUCUGGUAAC